GGAGGAUGAGGAGGUGAAACAGAGGAGGGAUGAAGAGGAGGAGGAGGAUGUCAAGAUGGAGGAAAUCAGAUUCAGGAAGAGCACGAGUUCAACGUCACUUCAACCGGCCGAGGUGGGCGUGGCCCAGUCCGACACGUCUCAUUGGUUCCACACGCUUCAGACACGGCGGCUGCGUGUUCAGAGAGGACGCAGCAACAGCGACCCGGUGGGAGGAGCCAGCUGUGAGGACGCCGUCACCUGGAGACCAGGUCUUCAGUUCGGAGCAGCGCAGUCGUACCUGAGUCUGGAGAAACUCGGCGAGGGGGCGUACGCCUCAGUUUAUAAAGGGAUCAGCAGGAUUAACGGCCAGCUGGUGGCGCUGAAGGUCAUUCGUAUGAAGACGGAAGAGGGCGUUCCAUUCACCGCCAUCAGAGAAGCGUCUCUUCUCAAAGGUCUGAAACACGCUAACGUCGUCCUCCUUCAUGACAUCAUCCACACCAGAGACUCGCUGACAUUUGUCUUUGAAUACGUGCAGACGGACCUGGCUCAGUACAUGAGCCAACAUCCCGGAGGGCUUCACUCUCAUAACAUCCGAAUCUUCAUGUUCCAGCUGCUGCGAGGGCUCUACUACAUCCACAGUCGCAGGAUCCUGCACCGAGACCUGAAGCCUCAGAACCUGCUCAUCAGUUACCUCGGAGAACUCAAACUAGCCGACUUCGGUCUGGCUCGGUCUAAGUCCAUCCCCAGUCACACGUUCUCGUCUGAGGUGGUGACUCUGUGGUACCGCCCCCCCGACGUGCUGCUGGGAUCCACAGAUUACUCCACGGCACUCGACAUGUGGGGGGCUGGGUGUAUCUUCAUCGAGAUGCUGCAGGGGGCGCCGGCCUUCCCCGGACUCUCGGAUGUCUUCGACCAGCUCCAGAAGAUCUGGACGGUGCUUGGCGUCCCCUCGGAGGAUUCCUGGCCCGGAGUCAGUCUGCUACCUAAUUAUAAACCAGAGUGGUUUCAUCAGUCGGAGCCCAAACAGUUCAGGACUGUUUGGAAAAGUUAGUCUGUGUUGAUCUGGAUCAGGUUGAACCAGUUGCCAUAUAAGACCGAGGACCUGG